AUAUUACUUGAUAUUAGGAAAUCCAAUUCUUUACCUCUAGGAUUACAUUUUCGUUCAAAUUAACUCUUGUAGCAUCACGUGUCGUUGUUAUGUAAUCAUUACGCGGCAGACGUGCAACCUCAACCGCCUACGAUCAUACUACCAUCAAAUGUCUGCAGAAUUUGACCCAACAGCUUCGAAUUCUGUCCGUUAAUGAAAUAAAUGACCUGUUUCAUUUGUUAAUUUCAGGUUGACCGCUUGAAAUACUUGUAUGGACCGCACCAAAAGAAUAGAGCUUGCGUGUGCUGAAUGCCGCCGUCGGAAGCGCAAAUGUGACGGAGGAAAGCCGCAAUGCUCCUCAUGUCUGGCGCAGGAAAGAGACUGCAUUUAUGAUCAUGAACGAAAUAACCGGAAGUGAGAAUGAUCUCCGGCUCUACUUCCUAGCCCUAUCUAAUCCAUAUUCGUUUAGACGCAGAAGAGACCCGGAAGAGAUUGCGCAUCUUGAAGAACAAAUUGACAUACUUCGUCAGAGAGUGAAAGAGCUAGAGAAUGGCGCUUCCUCUAAUAUGGGUACGCGUGAUGCGACUAUGGAAUCAAUUCACAUCACACCCACAAACUCGGUCGGUGGUGAAUCUUCUGGCAUUGCUUCCGAUCGUGAAACACGAUUAGCUUCUGCAAUCGACGAGGUAGGGAAUAUGAUGUGGAAGUUGAAGAUAGACAGCAACGGAGGCACCUCAUUCAUUGGCCCAUCAUCCAACCUCCAGUUUAUUUCUACCCCGCAAGAGCCUAGAAGUGACACCCAGCUUCACAAUGGCCAAAUUACCAUGACGGCUAAGAUGCCUUCCUUAGACCAGUGUCUUGUAGAUUUUGUGUUACAGCAGGAGCUGUUAGAUAUUUUUACCUCCGUGGUGAACCCGGAUAAUCAAUUUCUCGAGUCAUCCUUUCUCGAUAGAUAUAUUUUUCACAAUACCGAAACUAAAUUAGAUGAGAUAUUGCUACGAACUGCAAUGUUUGCUCUUGCAGCAUGUUAUUCGAAGAGGGAUAAUGCUGCUCAUAUUAGCAAUAUAUUUUACUUGCACGCUGGAAGUCUGGUACAGCAAUGUUGCCAAAGCUGUCCGUCGCUCCUGUUGAUUCGGGCAUUAGCAAUGCUGUGCUGGCGUGAUCUCACUUUAGACAACGAAAACAUGGCAUGGAUGUAUAACUGUUAGUUCUAUCGAUAGUUUCGAAACCGCAGAUUGACUAAUUACUGUGCUUAGGUAUGGGUGCGGCUUUGGCAACACACCUUGGUUUACAUGUAGUGGAGUAUCAAAAAAUCGCAGGCAUCUCACCAGAGGAUAAAGACUCACGCAUUCGAACGUUUUGGCUUUGGUUUCGUAUUGACCGGUAAGUUAACUUGAUGCACUUAGGAACUUUGACUGAUCUUUUUAAGCAUUGCCACACUAAGUCUAGGACGACAAUGUGCCAUUCCAUGGACUCGUGUCAGGACUCCGUGGUUAGAGAGUAUUCUAACAUCAUCAGUGUCACUCACAGAGCUCGUGUUUAAUUAUGAGUGUCAGCUCCUUUUCAUAUUUGAUAAGUACAUGGAUCAAAUGUAUGCCAAACAAUUAGAAUAUCUCGUAUUCAACUGACGAAUUCAGCUAUUCCUUCCAGUUUCAUGAAUUGGACAGCCAGAGCCGCAACAAACUUUUUUUCGAUGCUCGCGAAAACCUGUCUACUUUCUAUAAUGAAACAAACAGUCAUCUACCAAAUCACCGGAGUGCACAGCCUAGCGGCAUGCUCACUUUUCGGAUGACAUAUCACACGUGCAUCAUACUAGUGCAGCGCCCUUUGUUGCGCGAAGAUCCCAAUAGCGCUCUUUAUCGGAUGGCUGUUCAAUCAUCAACUUCUUCUGCUGUUGCCAUUACGAGUCUGCUACGAGAUUACCGAAAGGCCGGAUACCUCCAGAUCGCCCCAUUUUCCGUGGUACAUCAUGUGCUUACCGCAGCCAUUAUGCAUCUGCUCAGUGCGACCUCCACCAAUGGCACUUUACGUAAGCGAUCAGUUCAUCAAUUCCGAGAGUGUAUUGAAGCAUUAGGUCAAAUGAAGUUUGCUUGGAAGCGACUGCGUAAGGCUAUCGCAUUACUUCAAGAACUCGCCCAUAGGUGGUCCGUGGUGUUCGCACUGCCAAUGAGAUUGAGCUAUCCUCUUUCUACUGAUGUUCAAAGAGAGUAUCCAAGCCAGAGCAAUGUUGAAUUGUCAGCGAAUGACCAAAGUACGGUCGCUUCUCAGAUGCAAAAUAAGGAUGACAUAUUUCCCAUGUCUUACCCAGCUGAUCUAACCAAUAACCCUUUUGCCGAAGAUCCCGGCUCAGCAGUAAUUAAGGAAGGUGAAGAUUUUGCACAAACCGAUUUCACAUUUGGUAUCUAUGAGAGGGGUGACCCUUUUCAGUUAAACGAUCUAAAUUGGUUAUUUCCAUCUACGGACCAGUCUUGAAAAAACGUCCUCUUUUAUAGCUACCACUAAUAUCUUUACUCCCAUCAUAUAAAUGCAUCACUUAGGUCCAGCGAACGUUAAUGUACUCGUUGUAUCUGCCCAUGCUCAUAUUCUCUUUCCGAAGACAUACAUCGGAAUUGUCGUCAGCAUGACACCUAGGGUCAGCUGUGAAGGUUGAGAAGAAUAUAAGAGGUCCAGCUGCACUAUAAUAGCCGUUGAAAACGAAGAUGAGGCCAAAUGCAAAGGCGCUCUUGAUAAUCUAAGAUAAACGUUAGACAUUUAUGAUCUCAUCUUUUUCAACGAAAUGACGGCUUACCAUAGCAAGACCGAAAACUUCACCGCAUCGCUGGCUGCAGAAAUCGUUGGUGUAUGCAACAACGCCGGUACACCCAGCACCAACCCAACCGCGAAGUUCAAAAUCGCAAUAAAAACACCGCACGUAACUGGUGAGAGGCCUCUAUCAAUUGCAGCCCCGAGACCAAAUCCGCCAAUAGCCAUGGCAACGAAUGCUGGUAUGAUGAUAAGAAGACGAAAUUAUGGCUCAUGCACACCACGAUUCCGUAACGCCAGAUACCCGGCUACUCUAUCACAAGACCAUCCUCCAGUAAGCAUUCCAAUCGUGGAUCCAAUAAGAGGUGCGAUACCAGCAAGAUUUCUGACUGCGGUUGUGCUCAUGCUAUAUGGUGGUGCUCCGAAAAUUUGAGAAACCACAGCACCAAUCAGAAUAAUCCAUGUGAAAACCACUGACCACAUUACGCACCCCUAGAGGACUGCAGGAUGUGCUAAUAGGAUAAUUGGAUCCACACAAAGCUUGAAGACGCGGCUUUGGUUGUGGAACUUUACAGCACUGAAUCCAAAAUCAUAUUUCCAACUAGAUGUUUGAGAGUAUUUCUCAACGUCAAAGCUUUCGACCUCAUGACGUGGUGAGCUGGUAGUUUGUGCGGGAUUGUCUAGUUUGUUCUUUUGGGGCGUUGAGUUAUCCUCCUCAAGCAUUUCAACUUCGACGGAGUUAUCCAAGCCUGUGUUGCGAUAGAAAGUCGUCUCGGGAAAGCAAGCAAGAGUUACUGCUAGAAUCACAACCCAAAGGAUUG